GAGCCCUGGCUGAUGGCUGGAGCCUACUCGGCCUGAGACUGUAGAUCUCUGCUUCAGGAAGCUCCCCUGAAGCCCAGCUCCUCAGGUGCCUGGAUGUCACAGGUCGGAACGCUCUGGACCCCUGAGGACUCUGCUCAGGGCCCAGGAGCAGCUGCUGCCUCUGGACAACCUCGCAGGCCUCUUCUCCACCCAGGGCAUGGGCACCCGUGAUGAUGUCCUCCCAGCCAAGGUUCUGGCCCCUGUGGCCGUGUACUGUGGGACUGUCCCUCGGACCAGUGCUGGGCCCCGGGUGCUCCAGCCUGGAGGCAUCGACUCCACUUUGCCGGCUUAUGGAACAGCUUCCCUCCCGCCCAUGCCGAGUGUCCUGCGGACCAAUUAAAAGCCACCACAGCUCUCGAGUGGACAUGGGAACCUGGGCAACCUCAAACUGGACACCUCUUUGAAGGGCUGGCAGGCCAGGAAUGGUCACCCCAGGAGCCUCGGGGCCCUGCCUCUGGGGCCCCUCCCCUCACUGGAGUUGGAGGCCAAUAGCGUGGCCCGAGACACCACCCAGAUCAAGGACAAGCUCAAGAAAAGGAGGCUCUCUGAAGGCUUGGCAGCAUCCUCCCGAGCUUCUCAGGAUCCUGGGGGAGGCCCCAAAGGAGUUCCCCUGAAGAGCGCCAUCCCCCAUGCCACCUCUCAGAGGCUGCUGAGGGUGCCCAGGCCAAUGCCACCCAUCCAGAGCAUCCCCACCACCCCCGAGGCCAGUGGAGCCAAGGAGAAGGGUCUGGACCUUCCUGGGAGCAGUCAGGGCACCCAGGAACUGAGACCUGGUGCCCAGGAGGCACAGAUUUCCCUGCAGUACCUGCACUGUAACGACGAGAAGAUGCGGCAGUCACUGGGAGGCAUCGUGAUCCCACCCAUCCCAAAGGCUGGGGCACCCAUGGGGGCCUCAUCCAGAGUGCCUGGCUCUCUGCCCAGCCCACUGCCUCAGGGCCAGGACAUCCUCAUGGGCCUGAGGGCCCCAAGCACAAGAUCUGUUCGGGAGAGUGGGUCCGGAGGGAAGACUCCUAAAUCUCCAGAGCCAAAACCUUUGGCUCUGCCUGUCAGAGACAGGUCUGCACCCGCUGAGAAGCCCGGCCUGCCACCGUCUCAGUCUGCUCCUGCACUGACCACCUUCUCCUUCGGCCAUGCCAGAGAAGCCCGCCCCUUGCUGAAAGAAGAGGACCAGAAAGAGACCAGCACCAAGAUCCAAGUCACCAUCUCCAAGUCUGCACAGGAGAAGAUGCGGCUGAAGCAGAUGAAGGAGAUGGAGCUGUUCCGGAGGGCCAAGGAGCCGGACAAGGAGAGGGAGCUCGCUUCCCAGAGCCUGGGCUCCCGGAGAGCCUUAGUGAAGGAAGGCCUCCUCCCCCUCCGGGGCAGUGGGACCCUCUCGGUGCCUACUGGGCUGAGCAGUCCACGCAGAAACAACGUCGGCGUCAUCCUGAGGAAGCGGGCCAACCGGUCCUCACUGCCCAGUAUCCCCGUCAGCAAGCAGGAGCCCAGCUUUGCCCGCCAUGCUUCAGCUAACUCGUUACCUGCGGUGCUCACACUGGGGUCUCCUGAAUGGGAAGAGGAGUUGGAGGAGAUAGAGCUUAGAGCCCUUAAGGAGUUGAGGCCUUUCUCAAACCCAGAGCUGGGGUUGGUGGAUGCCCUCCAGUGCCUCAACAGCAGCGACUGGCAGAUGAAGGAGAAGGGUCUGGUGAGCAUCCAGCGCCUGGCGGCCUGCCACUCUGAGGUCCUUGUGGGGAGGCUGCACGACGUGUCCUUGGCGGUGACCGGGGAGGUCACCAACCUCCGCUCCAAGGUGUCCCGCCUGGCCAUCAGCACGCUGGGAGACCUCUUCCGGGCCUUGAAGAAGAACAUGGACCAGGAGGCGGAGGAGAUUGCCCGCUGCCUACUCCAGAAGAUGGGGAACACCAGCGAGUUCAUCCAGAGAGCGGCCAGCAGGUCCCUGGGGGCCAUGGUGGAGAACGUGAGCCCUGCCCGCUCUCUGGUGGCUCUUACCUCGGCGGGAGUCUACCACAGAAACCCCUUAGUCCGGAAGUGCACUGCUGAGCACCUCUCGGCCGUCCUGGAGCAGAUUGGCGCCGAGAAGCUUCUUUCGGGCACCAGAGACAGCACAGACAUGCUGGUGCACAACCUGGUGAGGCUGGCGCAGGACUCCAACCAGGACACCAGAUUUUACGGCCGGAAGAUGGUGAAUAUCUUGAUGGCAAACGCUAAGUUUGAUGCAUUUCUGAAGCAGUCCCUCCCAUCUCACGACUUGCGGAAGGUCAUGGCGGCCAUUAAACAGAGGGGACUAGAAGAUAAUGAUGAACUUCCAUCUGCCAAAGGCCAGAAGGUGUCCAGGAGUCUGGUGGUGUGUGAGAACGGGCUGCCCAUCGAGGAAGGGUUUGGCUCCAGUGGCCUGCGGCUGGUGAGGCCACGCUUCUUUAUGCGGGGUGGUGGUGCUGAGAUGGUGGAGCAGCUGCGGGAGCUGACACGGCUGCUGGAGGCCAAGGACUACCAGUCUCGAAUGGAAGGUGUGGGGCGUCUCCUUGAGCACUGUAAGACCAAGCCAGAGCUCAUCGCUGCCAACCUGGUCCAGGUCUUUGAUGCUUUCACCCCAAGGCUUCAGGAUUCCAACAAGAAAGUGAACCAGUGGGCGUUGGAGUCCCUUGCCAAGAUGAUCCCCCUCCUUAAAGAGAGCCUAUACCCCAUGCUGCUCUCCAUCAUCAUUGCUGUUGCAGACAACCUCAACUCCAAGAACUCAGGGAUUUACGCUGCUGCUGCAGCUGCACUGGAUGUAAUGAUUGAGAGCCUGGACAACCUUUGCCUCCUACAGGCAUUUGCUGGGCGGGUGCGUUUCCUGAGCGGCCGUGCGGUGCUGGAUGUCACAGAGCGUCUGUCAGUGCUGGUGGCCUCGGUUUACCCGCGGAAGCCUCAGGCUGUGGAGCGGCAUGUCCUUCCCAUUCUCUGGCACUUCCUGAACAACAGGAUCGGGAACGGCGUCCUGCCUGGGCACAGUGGGAAUAUCCGCACCGCAGUGCGCCGGCUGUCCAGGAGCCUCCAGGAGCAGAUGGGCUCCCACCUGCAGGACUUCGCCUCUGGCCAACCGCAGCACGUGCUCAGAAUGCUCCAGGAACUCUUAGACCAGGAGCCCCCGGGAGGCAGCCGCAAGGUGGCUGGCAGAACCACAGCGCCGGACAGCAGGCCCACUGACAGCUCACACCCCUUUCAACCGGAUUAAAGAUGGAUGUAAAAUGGACAAUUAUUAUUGCCUACCUUAUUUUAUUUUUAUGAUGGACUAAUCUCCUGGUCUACUUUUCUGCUUA